AUUAUUUGCGUGAAUAAAACUAAAAGAAUAUGAAAGAAAUAAUAAUUGAUGCACUUAAAAGAAAAAUCUUAGGAUGGACACCAGAAACUCAAUAUGCUUCAUUAAUACAUAUCAUUAUUAUCAAUGAAAUAUUUUGUCUACGUGUAUUUGAAUCUAAAGGACGAUUACGAUAUGAUUGGAGUAUAAUAUAUGCUAGUAUAUGUAUCAUUUUAUAUACUAUAUGUACAAAUGAAAUAAUAAACAUAAAUUAUAAAAAUUGGCCUGCAUAUCAAGAGAUCAGUUAUAAACUGACUAUAUAUAUUAAUAUUAUAAGUGUCAUAAUUUUUAUAAUUUUUGGAAUGCUGAAUACAGAACUUGCUUAA